GUAGCUACUUGGAGGCAGAAAAAAAAACCUCAUGGGAGUUUUCUAUGAAGCCUUCAAGUUCAACCCAUGGAUCGCUUAUACUGUACACCGCCAAUCUCGGAAAACUUCUUUUAAGUUAAAAGGGUGAAAGUUGUUGGAAUGAAACGCGUGUGAACUGAACACUGUAGUAGUUCGUAUGGCUGAUAAAGGACCCAUACUAACUUCAGGUAUCAUUUUUUACCUGUCAAUUGGAGCAGCAAUAUUUCAAAUAUUAGAAGAGCCAAACUGGAAGUCAGCCGUAUCUGAGUAUGAAAUUAAAAAGGACAAACUUCUCCAAAAAUAUCCUUGUUUGUCGAAGGAAAAUCUGGAGGACAUUGUGAAGGCCGUGACAGACUCUGCCGGACGAGGCGUGUCCAUCGCAAGCAAAAACUCUUUCAAUAACUGGAACUGGCAGAAUGCCGUGAUAUUCGCUGCCACUGUGAUAACAACAAUAGGUUAUGGCAAUGUGGCCCCAAAAACAGUGGGGGGUCGGGUGUUCUGUAUUCUGUAUGGACUGUGUGGCAUUCCCCUCUGUCUCACAUGGAUCAGUGAAGUUGGCACAUUCUUCAGUGGUCGCACCAAACGGAUGAGCCAGGUGCUGCUACGGAAAGGCCUUACACCAAGAAAAGUCCAGUGUACCUGCAUUGCCCUGUUCCUGUUAUGGGGGUUGAUGUUCCACCUGGUCAUCCCUCCAUUUGUGUUCAAGACCAUUGAGGGAUGGUCUUACCUGGAGGGAUUUCACUUCUGCUUCACCACCCUCACCACAGUGGGCUUUGGGGACUUUGUUGCAGGUGUGGACCCAGACAUCGAAUACCCAACUCUGUACCGGUUUAUGGUGGAGGUUUGGAUCUUCAUGGGACUGGCCUGGCUGUCCUUGUUCUUCAGCUGGAACGUCCACAUGGUGGUGGAGGCCCACAAGGUGUUCAAGAAACGGCGGUACCAGCGCCGGCAUCGAUUCUCCCUCGAACAGCACGAGGAGACUCUGGUGUCGGUCCACUCGCACGGUGCCGCAGAGCCGAAACCCAGCGUCAUCGACAUCUUCAACUACCUGACCGUGAAGGAGGAGGACUAUGGCGCCAUCAUCAAGCAGAUCGGCUCCGAGCCCAGUACGGAAAAGAAGAAGAAGAAGAAGAAGAAGGUGACCAUCCAGGAGGACGUGCCGCGCUCCAAGAGCUGCAACGACAUCCUCAACGACACGGGCGUCAUCAUGACGCUCGAGCAGUCGCCCCGCCUCAAGCGGCGCCUCAGCAUCAGCGACAACGUCUUCACCUUCUCCAAGGCCAAUGGGUCUAUAGCGUCCGGCGCAGAACACGAUGAGAACCAGGUUCUCCUGGAGGACUCAGGAGAAGACCAGAGCCCAGAGGGCAACUCCCCAGAGGGCAGCUCACCACAGCAGGGGAACGCCGCUAAGCGCUGGUGCUCGUGGGACAGCACAGAACCCGACCCGACGCCAACACAGAGCCAAAUUGGCACGGCAGAACAGGACGUUAAGACAAACAAAGAGGAAGUUGAGGAUGGGGGUGGAAACAGGUUCACUGUGAGUAAAGUGGCAGAAGACGCUCCUAAAGAAGAGGAGGAGGAGGAUGGUGAAGGCUGACACUGAAGCAAGCUGAAUACCUCUGUGUUUAAAACUCAGGAUCUGGUAUACUUUCAGCUGGUCGCUUUUGCUGUGCACACUCACAUAGGCAGCUACAGAGCAAAGAUUUACAGCAAAUAUUACCUUUCUCAGAUUCUGAACAUCUUUUGUAAGGCUUUUGUUAAGCCCUGGGCCAGAUAACUGGAUAAUGGAACUGUUGUAACAUCCCAUAAAUUUGUGUCUUGAAAGAUACCAAAUAAUGACAUUACUUCUGUCACUUGGUGGAGAAACAUCUGAUUUGUGCGACAACAGAUAUUUAAGACCCAACUUCACAAUUGAAUUAGCAUCACAAGUUUUGAGUUUGAUGGAGUUCUUGUUCUAGUGAUGCACGGCGAAGGACUGCAUAUUCUUAAGCUGCUAUGUUUCAGUUGACAAGAACAUUUUGUUUGUUCUUGUCUCUGACAAAAUGUUGUUCCAACAAUAUUCAAGUUUUUUUGGUAGUGGGAGCAAAUCAUGUAUGAGCAUUUUGAGCAUUUCUUUCUUUCAUACACACACAUUCACAAAUGAUCAGUUAAUGAAAUGAUCUGAAGUCACUGUCAACAUACUUUUCGAAAGGGCGACUUUUCCAACCAAAUGUUCUUGGAUGAGAGCCUACGGUUAGCUUGGCAGAUCCUUGUCUGAAUGAAACUCUUGUAAACACUGGAACUGCUGCCAAGUAUGGACUUGUGCACAAGGGAGAAGCUACUGACAUACUCAAGUGCUUGCAGUCUGAGACAGGAUUCUUCAAAGUUUAGGUUUGUACAUUUGUUUUUUUAGGGAGCUGGGGUGUUUGACAGGAUUUUGCUCGUGCAUUUGGUACUUUCACUGUUCCGUAAUGCAGAUACAGUGCAGUGUAUUCAUGUAGUUUACUGAUUUCAAGUUGUUUAAAGAACAAUGGUACUGAGAACUAAGUUCUACUUUGUUUCUUAUUUACAUGUAUUGUAUUGUAUAACACAUGGCGUGAACUGGAAAGACCAUCAUGUAUUUUUUUAAAAAAAGAAACUCUUCUCUUUUAUCUGCAAUAUGACUCACAUUUUGUGUUGAAAGCACUUGUUUCUACUGUGUUAGCAUAGCAAAACGUAUUGGAGAAUUUAGUUCACAAUGUUCAGUUCUCACUCAAUGUGUUUUUUUUUCACAGUAGAAAAUAAUAAAUUACAAAAAAAAUUG